GCACUAUUUGGGGUGGGUAAGUCUCUUAUGCUUAACAAGUUUGCAUUUAUUUGGCAAAAUACAGUACAGUUGUGGAAAUUAUAUAAUAUCAAUACUCUUUUCAGGAUUCUUUAAGUAAAAAGUUCAAAAGAACAUUUAUUUGAACUAAAAAUCUUUUACAACAUUAUAAACGUCUUUUGAUGUUUUUAGUGCAUCCUUACUGGAAAAAAAACAACAAAGCUACUUUACUGAAAAUCUUAGGCUAUGUUUCAAAAACUAGCGUGCCGCCCAACUAGACUGGAUUAAUUUUUUUUUUUUUUUGGGUACACUACAGACAUUCGAACAUUGUCUAGGUCUAGGACUUAGGUAGGCAGCUCACUGAGUUUUAGACCGCCAUUUUUCAGACGACGAAGCGCUGCCCGCUGUUGCUGGGAGGCGUUUGUGACGUAUCGGCAUUGAGCACUUCCGGCUUUGGGUGCUGAUGAGAAUGAAGUGAACUGGUGAUGCUUUGUGUUUUCAUUUAGCUGUUGAUGCUCAUGUGUAGAUUUAGCCUCUUAUUUCAGCAUUUACACGAAAGAGCGCAGCAGACUUUGCCCUGGUUGAAUCGACAUAAACAAGACGAUUGAACAACACGAAGAUGGCUGAUAGAAGUGACCUGAAAGCUGAGCUUGAGCGCAAAAAGCAGCGCUUAGCCCAGAUUCGAGAGGAGAAGAAAAGAAAGGAGGAGGAGAGAAAGAAGAAAGAGUCUGAGAUGCUUCAGAGGACUGAGAAUGUGUCAGAAGACUCUGACCUAGACAGAAAGAGAAGAGAGACAGAGGCUCUCCUGCAGAGCAUUGGGAUUUCACCAGAACCACCUUUAGUGCAGCCACUGCAGCUUUUAACAUGGGAUACCUGUUAUUUUCAUUAUUUAGUCCCAACCCCUAUGUCUCCCUCUUCGCAAUCAGUGAGCCCGCCCAGUGAAACUGGAAGUCAAGAGUCCAUAGAUGGAGGGACGGUGGGAAGGACGUUGCAAUGGGACACCGACCCCUCAGCUCUUCAGCUUCUUGCAGAUUCUGUUCAUGGGUGCAAGAUGCAUAGGCUUGGAGCAUCAAAAAUUGUUCAGAUUGAUUUCAUGCCAAAAGAACUGGUGACAUACUCCAAAGAGACGCAGACCCCUGUCGCAUCUGAUCAGCCUGAGGAGGAGGAGGAUGAGGAGCUGUCAGUGCCCAAAUCUGAGCCGGUGUCACAGCAGCUAGAAGAGGAGAAGCCUCAGGAGGCUGAAGAAGUUCAUCCUAGAGAACUCACCAACGAGGAGAAAGAGCAGAUUGUUCAUUCAGAGGAUUUCCUGUUUUUCUUCGACCGAAGCAUCCGUGUAGUGGAGCGAGUGCUGGCCGAGGAUACGGACAUUUUCUUUGACUACAGUGGGCGAGAUAUGGAGGACAAAGAAGGGGACAUGCAAGCCGGAUCAAACUUGUCUUUUAAUCGACAUUUCUAUGAUGAGCAUUGGUCUAAACAUCGAGUCGUCACUUCCCUGGAUUGGUCACCACAGUAUCCUGAAUUGCUAGUGGCCUCGUACAACACUAAUGAGGAUGCGCCUCAUGAGCCAGAUGGAGUUGUGCUGGUCUGGAAUAUGAAGUUUAAGAGGACGACCCCUGAGUACAUAUUCCACUGUCAGUCCUCAGUGAUGUCAGUUGGCUUUGCUCAGUUUCAUCCCAACCUGGUGAUCGGAGGCACUUACUCAGGACAGAUAGCACUGUGGGACAAUCGAAGUCACAGGAGGACCCCAGUGCAAAGGACACCCCUGUCUGCAACCGCACACACUCAUCCUGUAUACUGUGUGAAUGUGGUCGGAACACAAAAUGCCAACAACCUGAUCACAGUAUCCACAGAUGGCAAGAUGUGCUCCUGGAGUCUGGACAUGCUCUCACAGCCUCAGGAGAGUAUGGAGCUGAUCUACAACAAGUCAAAGCCUGUGGCAGUCACUUGCAUGGCCUUCCCUGCAAGCGACGUGAAUAACUAUGUGGUAGGAAGUGAAGAGGGUACCGUUUACACAGCAUCCCGCCAUGGGAGUAAGGCUGGUAUUGGUGAAAUGUUCGAUGGGCAUCAAGGUCCUGUGACUGGAAUCAGCUGCCAUAACUCUGUGGGCCCAGUUGACUUCUCCCAUCUCUUUACUACUUCCUCAUUUGACUGGACAGUCAAACUGUGGUCAACCAAACAUAACAAGCACCUCUAUUCUUUUGAAGACAAUGCAGACUAUGUGUAUGAUGUCAUGUGGUCUCCAGUGCAUCCAGCGCUCUUUGCUACAGUCGAUGGGAAUGGUCGCCUGGACCUCUGGAAUCUCAACAACUACACAGAGGUGCCAUCGGCAAGUGUGACCGUGGAGGGAGGAUGUGCCCUGAACCAGGUCAGAUGGGCAUCAGGGGGCAGAGAGGUGGCAGUGGGUGAUUCAGAGGGCCGUGUUUGGAUCUAUGAUGUGGGAGAGCAGUUGGCCGUGCCACAUAUAGAUGACUGGAGCAAAUUUGCCCGUACGCUCAUGGAGAUUCGUGCAAACCGAGGGGAUGGAGAGGAAGAAGGUGCGUUGGAGCUGCCUGCCUGAGACAGACCCAAAUACAUUCAGUGAGAAACAAGUAAAGAUACGCUGAAACAGAUGCUUGAUGUAAGUCAGUGAAUCACGCAUCCACGCUGCUGUGAUCGCAGGUUUUUUUUAUUUUGCCUACAAAAGUCUAUUUAUAGCAUGGGUGUUAAUUAGCAAUAACUCCUGUUCCAGUGCUAAUAGUUAAUUCCAGAACACACACACAGGUGAAGAAAUGAAUGAGCUUGAGCUAAUGUAUAUCUAUGGCUUGCAGUGACUAUAAUAGGAGUGAGCCUGUGAUCAUACUGUAUCAUACUGAAUGACAACUGUCAACUUAUUUUACAAAUGUGAAAGUACAGGGUCAUGUUGUGAUACAUGGAGAAUGUAUUGACCAUUAUGUAAAAAUGUAUUGUAGCAAAGCUUAUGAAUGUGACUUUCUUUGACCUUUAACGUUGUAUGUGUGUAUAAUUUAAUACCAACUGGAGCAUAAAAGCAACUGUAAAGUGUGAACUUACAAUAAAAGUUGUGUUUUAAUCUUCA